AUGGACAACGUAUCAGUAUCAAAGGGUGUUUUUCCUCAUAAAGGUGCAUAUAAAAUUGGGAGUAGGCAAUCAGAAUUUCAAUCGCCAGAUUAUUGUAAUGAACCAUGGUAUCUUACUUAUGAAGAAACAUGGGAAAGCAUUCAAACAGCGGUAGAGGAUAUGAGAUCAAAUACGUUUCAACAAAUUUUGAGAGAUUUACAAUCUUUUGUUUCUAAAAUUAAAGAGAGACCGCUAGAACAAUUUGAGAAUGAAAUACAAACGGCUUUAGUAUUAACAGGAGUUAAUUCUUCUGAUCAUGCAAUAAUGUUUCAAAGAAUACAGUCUAAGUUAGAAUCUAUAACAAAGCAUAUAGCAAUUAUAUCAAGUAAAGAUUCAAAUAGUAUAAGGAAUAUCAUAGAAGAAUCAAUUUCUCAAUUGAUUAAUAAAAAGAGUGAAGAAGUAUUGAUUAAAAAAAGCAUGUGUCAUAUGAGAAAUCUAAAACUGUGGCACCAGAAACACUGUGAUCAAAAUGAUCCACUUGUUAUAGUGGUAUCAGAUUUUGAAAGUUCUUCUUCUGAAGUAUUACGUGAUUUUAUUUUAAUAUUGAGUUCAUAUUCAAGCACUAUGAAAUUUAUUCUUAUAUUUGGUGUUGCUACCACAUUGCAUGUCCUUCAUAGAUCCUUAACAUAUGAUGUUACAUCAAAGUUAAAUAUUCAAGUAUUUUCUAUGCAAAAACAAAUUGAUAUUUUAUCAUAUGUACUAGAAAAUACUGUUUUUUGUACAAAUAUCCCAUUUAAGUUGACUGGACGUGCCUUUCAGUUAUUAACAGAUAUUUUUCUGUUUUAUGAUUUUUCUGUAGAAAGUUUCUUACGAAGUUACAAGAUAUGUAUGAUACUACACUUUUAUGCAAACAAUAUAAGCUCUCUUUGUUGCCACCCUAAAAAAAUACAAAGCAGAAUGUCUUCUUUAACCGAUGAAGAUUUGGAAGAAAUUAAAAAAUUGCCUUCAAUAGAAAAAUAUAUAAAAGAGUCCAACUGUGAGAGCAAAGACAAAUUGCUUCAGAACGACGAAUUCAAGGAAAUACUGAUACAGUUGUUGAACAAUUUUCAUCAAUAUAUGCACCGGUUUUUAUUAGCACUGAGAUGCCUCCAUAAUCUCUUUUCAUCAUUGCCAAAUGCACCUAUGGGUAAACAGCUACGUGAAUACUACACAAAAGUUGUUUGCACAUACGAUUUGAAGGAAUCUGAAGAGUAUAAGGAAUGCUUUCAAUUGUUGAGCUUUUUAUCCAAGACUGAACUUCUCUCGAAACUGAAUUCUUUAAUAACAAUUAUUGGAAGUUCUGAAGAUUCCAUUAUGAAGAGAGAUCAAGCAAAUCUACAGGAUUUCAUAAAGACAAUCGAGGAGGCUAGUUUGGAACUUGCUACAACACCUGUCGAUAUCGUCUCUACCGGUGAGAAGCUCAGUCGACUUCAGCUGAAAGAGAAAUUGCUGAAAUGGUCGCAAACACAGUCUCGAUCGCCAUAUAAACUAGUUCAACAGGAUGUGCUCAAUUUCUUGGAUCACAUGUUUUCUGUUCAUCUGGUCAAUCCUAAUAACAUACCAGCGAAUGAGAUAUUUUGCUACAGCGAUGGAAAUCUGGCGAAGCAACAUAUUCGUGGAUCCUUGAGGGCAGCGAUUCACACUGGAUUGAACGAUCCACAAGUUUACUUGAACUGCGAGUGCUGCAAAUUGGAGAACGACGACGCCAUUCCGUCCACGCUGCCUGACCGCAGUAUAAUUUACAAGCUGCACUUGGAAUCCAGGAAGCUGAUCAAUAUGUACGACUGGCUGCAGGCAUUUUUAAUUAUCGUGGAUUCAACAGCGGACGCAAAGGAGCAACGAGACGUGCCCCCGAAAUUACAAGCCCGUUUUACUCAAGCAGUCGCUGAGCUGGAGUUCCUCGGUUUCAUCAAGAGUUCACGACAGAAAACGGAUCACGUGAAGAGACUCACUUAA